AUGUCGCUCAGGAAAAACUCACCCAUAUCCGUCAUGGCCACAGAGGUUGCGUCCGCCCCUGUAACCCCGCCGCCCAGCCAUGAGGCUGUCCGGAAAUACGGCCGCGCGACAUGGCUCGAGACGCCAAGGCUGCUCUUCUUCCACGAGCUUCCGUUUUGGCAGCAAGAUAACGAGCAUAUCCUGUCUGGCUACAGGCCAACAUCUGGCUCAGCGUGGACUUCGUUUACUUCGCUGCUAUAUGUCAACAACCAGACUGUCAACACAUACUCUCACCUUUUCGGGGCACUAAUUUUCCUACUGCUUCCUUUUCACUUCCAUCACGACAUCUUUCCGUGGCAGCCAAACGCUCAAAAGGAAGAUGUGCUCGUUGUCUCCAUUUACUGCGUAGGCGUCGCUGUGUGCUUCAUCUUUUCAACCAUAUUCCAUGUGCUAUGGAAUCAUAGUCACGACGUUUCACGAUUCUGCAAUAAACUCGACUACUUGGGCAUCCUCGUGCUGAUGUGGGGAGCGGGCAUCCCAACAAUAUACUACGGAUUCAUCUGUAAUCACAGUCUCCGAAUCAUGUAUUGGACAAUGACGACCAGCACAGCACUCUGCUGCACCAUUUUCACACUCACCCCCGCCUUUGUCACACCCGAAUACAGACAGAUACGUGCCAGCUUCUACGCCGGGUUUGGCCUCAGUUCCAUCAUCUUUGUAGUUCAUGGUUUAAUCCUUCACGGGUGGGAGCUGCAAAAGUCGCGCAUGUCCUUGGUGUGGAUGGGCUGGAUGGCAACGGCCAAUCUCGUGGGCGCAUUGAUCUAUGCUGCAAGAAUACCUGAAAGAUGGGUUCCCUACACGUUUGAUAAUUUUGGCGCCAGCCACCAGAUCCUCCACGUUGCCGUCAUGAUUGCUGCAUGGAUCCAUUUCCGCGGCUUGAUGGAGGCCUUUCACACCAUUCGAUCUCAAAAUGACAUUUGCAGAGGAGUAUAUAGAGUUGAUCAUGGAGGUUUAUAG